CACAAACAGAAAGUGAAAAGAAAAUGGCAGAAAAAAAUGAAACAAAUAUAGAAAAAAAAUAAAGUAAAUUUAUAUUCAGGUACAUUAUCAUUUUUCUAUCUGGGAAAAUUAAUCGGGAUCCAAGAUGAGUGUCAUUGACAUUAUAUUCAGAGUUGAUUCAAUAUGUAAGAAGUAUGAUAAGUAUGAUGUAGAGAAGCAUUCUGCAAAUGAUUCCUCUAGCGAUGCAUUCGCUCGCCUUUAUUCAUCGUUUGAAUUGCAGAUUGAUGUCACUUCUGAGAAAGCAGAAAUGGCUGCUAUGGAAACGAACAGAGCUAAAGCAGUGGCUAUGAAGGCAGAAGUACGACGAACGAAGGCUCGUUUAAUGGAUGAAAUCAAAAAGUUACAAAAGCUUGCUCAUAAAAAGGUUAAAGGACUAUCCAAAGAGGAACUGGAUACUCGUGGCGAAUUGGUACUAAUGCUAUCGGAAAGAAUUCAGGCAAUACCCGAUGGGAGUACAAUAGAUGCCGCAAAAAAAACAGGAGGUCGUGGGACUUCAUCGUUCAACAAAAAUAUAAAAUUCGACUCUGAAGGACAGUUCGAUGAUGGUUACCACGAGCAAACUGAUGAGGCCACUCAUUUUAGAUCAGAAUACGAAAUGAGGAAAAUGAAACAGGAUGAAGGACUAGAUGUUAUUUCAGAAGGUCUAGACACACUGAAAAACUUAGCUCGUGGCAUGAACGAGGAAUUGGAUAGACAAGUUCCUUUGAUGGAUGAAAUCGAUACAAAGGUCGAUAAGGCAACUAGCGAUAUCAAAAACAAUAAUGUCAGACUCAAGGAAAACAUUAACAAGGUACGGUCCAGCAGCAGUUUCUGUAUCGAUAUAAUACUUAUCUGUAUUCUUCUGGGAAUUGGGGUCUAUCUUUACAAAGUACUGAAGUAAACUACUACGAGCUCGAGCUUCAUUUGACGAUCCUGAUUGAUCUCCUCCGGCUAUCGUAGAAUUCGCAGUUUAAGGUUGUAUAUUUGGCUAAGUAGUUACUGUUUUCUAUACUCUUAUAUAUAAACUAUGAAGCUUUGUUCAUAAAUGAAUUAAUUUUACCAUAAACA